AUGAGGCAUUGGCAGUUCUUCGCCCUUUGGCUGCUGAUCCUGGCCAGCUGCGUGGACUUCACCACUCCGUCUUUGCUCGCCCUGAAGAAGAAGCUGCUUUUCGGCGGUGGCGGCGGUGGAGGAUUCGGCGGUGGCGGAGGAUUCGGUGGCGGCGGAGGAUUCGGAGGUGGCUGGGGAGGCGGCGGCGGCGGCGGCGGAGGAGGACCUUCCCAGUGGGGUGGCGGUGGUGGUGGCGGCGGCAGUGGCUCCUACGCCAGCAGCAGUGCCAACAGCUGGUCCUCCGGCGGAGGAGGCGGUGGCUGCCAUUCCUGCGGAGGAGGAGGCGGUGGCAAUGGCGCCUACGCCAAGGCCUCUGCGAACGCCUAUGCAGGCAGCUGGUAG